UGCCGAUACGCCGCAUAAACGUGCUUUUUGUUUUGUAUAAUCUGAUGAGAAUUAAUUAUUUUAAUUUGACUUGUCAUUUUGAAUAUAAUGGAUAACACAAUCGACAGCUUAAAGGAGAACAUAAAUUCUACUGAUAAUAAUGAUAAAUUGGAUAGAUUGAAGAAGUCUUAUUUGAUGCUAAAACAAAAAGUUUGUAGAUCACAUGAAUUAAUUAAACUGUACAAUGAUAAAUUGAAAGAAUGUGAACGCUUGAAAAUAGAUUUAGAUUUAGCACAAAAGGAAACCAAAAAAAUGACAACUAAUUAUAAUGGAACAUUGGCAAAAGUUAUUAAAUUGGAACUUCAAAAUACAGAAUAUAAGAAAAAAAUCCAGUCUUUGUCGAAUACUAUAGUAACGCAUGAAACUAAAAUUGCUGGUGAUCAACAGCAUUUGCAACAGUUAACAUGUAAAUUGAAGGAAUUAGAAGAUAAAUAUAUGGAUGAAAGACUUCAAAUAGAUAUGGAAAAAACAUUAUUACAAGAUAAAGUCAAAGAAUUGGAACGUCAAAUGAAGAUUUCUAAUAAAACUAAUAAUUCAAUAAAGAGAGAGAAAAUUAAUAAGAAACAACAAGGAAUAGAAAAAGGCACAUAUUGUUGUUUGAAAAAUCCAAUAUCGAGGGUAGAUGUCGCAGUGAAUACAAUCAAUGAAAAAUCCAAUAUAAAACUUAAUACUCGAAAUGAGAAGAGUAUAAUGACAGAUAUGACUUUUAGAGCGGAUAAAGAUCAUCUUUAUCCUUUGUUUUGUGAUAAAUGUGAAAAAUUAUUAUGUAAUCCUGCUCAGAGAAUUUGCAAAGCUAUGAGUAUAGAUUCUGAAAUUAUUCCAAAACUUUUAUCGCCUACAAGAUCACAUUCUACAGUUUCUGUAUCUGUAGUUUCUCCUGAAAAAGAUGAAGACCUUCAGACAAACAAUAAAAAAAGACUUGAUAUUCAAAAUCCAUUGGAAGAUAUAAAUAUUUACAAUAACAGUUCAAAUUUAAAUUCAGUACCUUUGUCAUCUGAAUUAUCCAAAAUGUUAUCUUUGUCUUCUGAAGAUUCUUAUACAGUAAGAGAGGAACAACCUUUGUCCAAUUCAACAAAUAAUUUAUCUUUUUCAAAUAACAUUAAUGAAUCAACUGAUUUAGUCGAAACAUCAUGUGCAAUCAAAGAGAAUAAUAAUAUGAACAAAUUGUCAAGUUCUGACAAUUUAAUGCAUAAUUUUGAAAAAUUAAAAAAAAAGAUGAAAAAAUUAGAAAGAAAGGUAGAAAAGCAAUCUCAACAAAGGAAGAAAUUGGAUAAAAAUUGUUUCCAACAUUCACCAUACGUAAAUUAUUAUUCUAAUGAAAUUUUAACUCCAAGCUUUUCAUUAAAUAUGAUUUCUACAUUCUUGAAUGGGAUAAAAGAUAUCAUGAAGAAAAAUAAAAAUAAACGUAAUAAACCUCAGAAGAGAAGAUACGAACCUAAAACUUGUAAAUUUAGUUCGAAAAAGAUCAAACUUAAACGAGUACAACGAAAUCUAUCAAUGCGUAAUAAUGCUUGGAAUGUGGAUUCAAUAAUAUCUUGCACGGAACGAACUAGGAAAAUUGAUAAUUCUAUGUCGAAUGAUUAUUUGGAUAAUUUAUCCAAUUCUAUAAACAAAGAUAUAAUGUUAGAUGAUAAUUCAAGGGAUAUAAAUGUUGAAAAAAUUAAAUGCUGCAAUAAUGUAAUCGAAGAAAAUAUAAACGGUACCGUUUUGUUCUCUAGUUCGAAAAUGGAACAAUUACGAAUAAUAAAUAAAAAAGAUGAGAAUAAUUCUGUAACUAUUACGUAUCAAACACCAAAAGAUAAUAUAUUGAAUUCUAUGAAAGAAACAAAUUCAAGUAGUUUGAAUAAUGAAGAUUGUUUUACUCCUACAGUAAUCAAUAAAAUAAAACCAAUAAGUGAUACUCCACUUAUUGUAGAAGCAUUUGAGCUUAAAAAUAAAGAUUCUUCUAAAAGAAAGAUUACUAUUUGUACUAAUGAUAAGGAUACUAUUAUGAUAAUUAAUGAUCUAGUCCCUACUGGUAUUACAGCUUCUACAUCUAAUGCAAGUAUUUCUAUAAAUAAGUCUAAUGUAUCUGACACCGAGGAACAAAUAAAUAUUCCUCUUAGCAAGGAAUUUGAAAAUACUGAAUACACACAUAUGAAAGAUAUUUCACAGAUAAUCGAUAACGUACCAUCUUCUAUAGAAACUUCAACUUCUAUAAAUGAGAGCAAAACAAAUGAUAGCUUUAUUACUAUAGCUACUUCUAUUAGCAAUAUUAUUGGCAAUAUUAGUAAUACUUCUACUAUUUCUACUACUUCUACCGCUUCUAACGGUACAAGUCCUGGUGUAGCUGCAAAUAAUAUCAUUAUUAAAAAUCGUAAACGUAAAUUGCAGACAUUUGAGAAAGAAUUAAAUCAAUCUAAUUUAAUUGAAGACUCGUCAACUCUGGAGAAAAAUGAUGAAGAUAAUUGUAAUAUUGAAAAUAAUGGAACGUAUGUCAUUGAAAAUACAAAAAAUAAUACUACUGAAAAAGUAUUGAAUAAUAAAUCCGAUGAUCAGAUAACUAAUACAUGUUUUAUACCACAAAAAAAACAAUGUAUAGAACAUCUAAUGAAAACAAACAAUCGGGAAGUAUCGGAAUUACAUAAUGAAAAUUUAGAUGCAAAUCAAGAUGCAAAUCAAGAUGCAAAUCAAGAAAAUGACGAAUUUGUUAAAACGAUGGAAACAAAUAUAUCAAAUCUUACAUCAACAGAUGAAGAGACAAUUGAUUCUAUGGAAAUUCAAAGUAAUGACAUAAAUGUUCAAACAAAGUGUAAUUUAACAAAAAGAGAAAAUCUGAAAUCCAAUCGCUUAUUUCCUUCAAAUGAAACUCAUAUUAGAUCAAUGGAUUUAAAACAUUUACGAUCUCAUUCACUAGUUAAUUUAGAUUUAUUCAAUUCAAAUGAACGAAGAACUGUAAAUAUUAAAAAUACUGAUCAAAAUAAAUGUGUACCUAUAAUUGUGUCUAAUAAAAAUAAUGAAAUGAAAGAAAGUUCAAGAGAAAAUCAUGGCGAAUUGAAAACAACAUGUAAAGAUUGGACUAAGGAUAUGUCAGAUGAUUCAUUUAAUAGCGAUGAGAAAUCAGUGGAUGAAUUUGAGGAAAAUAUUGUAUUUGAUGCUAGUUUGAGUCAUAUAUUGACUGAUGUAAAUAAAAAUAUAGAAGGUGAAUGUUCUACUAAUAUUAUAACACCAAUAGAAGACUCCAAAGAAAUGCAAAAUAAGGAUAUAUUAACUGAUUCUAAUAUUGAUAUAACAAUCGAAAGAACGAAUAUCAAAUCAGACGACGAUAUUCAUUUAGAAUUAUGUCAUAAAAUUAUUACCGAUGAAGAGGAUAAAAUUAUAAAGGAUGCAAGUUUACAUUCUUCUGUAUUUCCAUUAAUUAGUCCUCUAAAGGAUGAUAGUAUUUCCAAUGAUAUGUCUGAAAAAUUUUCAAAGAAAGAAAUUAACAAAUCAAUUCAAGAUAUAACAAUAUGUCCACAAAUAUAUUCUACAGAGAAACUCAAUAUCCUAAUGCAUUCUAAACAUGCAGUUACACAAGAAAUAGAACAAACGAACAUUUUUAAUAUUAAUAAACCAAUAAAAAUUAGAACUGACGAAAGUACAAGUAGCAAAGAAGAAUCCAAGUUACGAUCUAAAUUCGUUAAUACAAAUAUACAACAGGUUAAUAAAAUAUUUCAGGAAGAAGAAAAGAUUUUAAAUAAUCCUAUAUAUGAAGAAAAUAUUGAGAAACAUUCUAGCGUGUCUAUAAAUGUUCAAAAACAAAAUAAAUUAGAAAUGGCAAUGAAUGAAGCAAAAGAAGAUACAUUGAUCGAUGGUAUUAAUGAAAAUAAAGAGGUACAUUUAGAAAUAUCUAAAGGUCGAACAAACACAAUAAUACCUAAUGACGAUUUAGAGAUUCAAUCACAUAAUAUGAUAAUUAAUGAUUUAGAAGAAUCUUCUUCCGUGAAUAAUAGAGUGAAUAACAAAAAUAUUAAUAAUGAUUUGAUUAAUCCUAUUACAUUAUUAGAAAAUCAUUUGAAAACAAAUCAAAAUUCUAGAAAAUCGAAGAACUCCAAAAAAAUAUUGAAGACAAUAGAACAAUUAUGCGUAAAAACAGAUAAUUUUGUUAAUAAACAAUUAUACAGAGUCAUGAACGAUACUGAUUGGUCUAUGUCCGUACAUAGAGAUGUUAUUAACAAAUUGUCUUCCGUAUGUAGCGUUCGUAUUAUUGCCAAGGGCAUAGUGGACUUUAUGUUUGAAAGAAAAGAGAAUAAUUUAGAUAAAAGUUAUACACCACCGGCACCAUUGAUGACAAUGACUCAACAAAAAAUUGUAACAUUAUUAGUUGAUCUUGAAGUAAGAUUGCCCACAGUAAUAAAAUGGGUACAAGCAGGAAUCGAAUAUAAAAUCUUCAGAUUGAAUAAUGCACCUAUGUUACAUCAGAUACAAAACCUUAUAAGAUUAUACAUCGUUCUAACACGGAUACAAAAGGAUCGAGAAAAGGCUAGAAUGUUAUGCUGCGAUGCUUUAUAUUGUUUAGGAUUACACGCAAUUCCAGUUAUUUACACAGUAUUGACAUGUUGGCCAGAAAUAUUUCCACAGUUUACAGAAAAUAUUGAUAUAUUACCAAAAUAUAUGGCACAUUUUAUUAUGUCAGUGCAGGCCAAUAAUUUUCCUCAGUUAUAUGCUUUGAAAAAUUUAUUAUCAACUUAUUAUAAAUAUAAAGCAGGAAGUUUCUUAACUAAAAAUCUAGUUGAAGAAUCAUUGAUAUCUUUAGAAGCGAGAAGUGAUUCCAUUGUGGACAUUGUUGGUUUAAAAACAGCUAUUAUAUUGCUUGCAAAAAAGGAAGGUAUAUCGUGGAGCUAUACUAAUAUUAUUCAAAACCGUUUGUUGCCAAAUAUAAUUAAUAAAAAAUAUCUGUCGAUUUACGAGCCAUUUAGUUUACUUGGCUAUCUUAUGCGUACGUUCCCAGUUGAAGAUAAUGAUGGAAUUGUUAAAAACAUCAUUGAACAACUCUCAGAUUUAAUUGAUUCAGGAGAAGGUUCCCACGAUCAACAGGAAGGCAUAGUAUCGGCGUUGUUAUGUUUAUCUAGACACGAUAUUGAAAAGGUAAUCAGUUCUGUGAUGAAGUGGAUCCCAAGCAAAUCUUUAAGAGCAACCACUAUUGAUCAAUAUUAUGCGUUCUUCAGACAACGAACGAAAAUUUAUUGGAGAAAUUAUUUAAAAAAAUUGAACAAAGUAUAUGUUAAAGAUAUUAGACUUUAAACGUUAAGAUUACUUAUACAUAUACAUAUAUAUCUUUUCUUUCUUUCUUUCUUUCUUUCUUUCUUUUUUUUUUUUCUUUUUAAUCUUUAUUUAUUAUUAUUUCUUUUUUUCAUUAAAAAAAAAAUAAAGUAUUUCGAACGCGCUCAUAAUAAUUGUUUAUUGUUGUGAUAGAUUUUUUUCAAAUGAAGUCCGAUUGAAAAUUCUUAUUCUCAGUCUUUGUUAUUUCUCUAUGUGUGUGCGAUAUUAAAUAAUAACAUAUAAAUAAUAUUUAGACGCUUUAAAGAAAAUUCAUACAAAUCAUUUUUAAAUAAUUUUACUCUAUGACGCGAUAUAAAAUUUUUAUAAAAAGAUAAGGCAUUGAUAUCUAAAUCUAAACUAUUUUUCUGUCUGUCUAUCUAUCUGUCUGUCUCUUUCUCUCUCUCUCUCUCUCUCUCUCUCUCUCUCUCUCUCUUUCUCUAUCUCGUUUAUUUUUAAGAUUUAGAUAUUAAUGUGAAUAAAUA